AGAUUCGGAAGAAAGAAGUAGGAAUUAGAGAAGAGAAGGCAUAUAACAAUAAUAACCAAUGGGGAGAGAAGAAGGAAAGAGCAAGAUAUUGAUAUUUGGGGGAAGUGGUUACCUUGGUAACUACAUGUUGAGGGCUAGCCUUUCUAUGGGCCAUCCAACUUAUGCUUACCUUCGCCCAAUCAAACCUAAUUCUGAUCCUUCCAAGCUCCAACUCCAUCAUCAUUUCCAAUCCCUUGGAGUCACUCUUUUCCAUGGGGAACUAGAUGAUCACGAGAAGCUGGUAGCAGUACUUCGACAGGUUGAUGUAGUGAUCUCUACACUUGCAGUGCCUCAACAUCUUCUACAACUCAGAAUUAUAGAUGCUAUCAAAGAGGCUGGCAAUAUCAAGAGAUUUGUCCCAUCAGAAUUUGGAAAUGAUGUUGAUAGGGUAAGCGGGCUGCCACCCUUCCAAGCACUGCUUGAUAACAAGAAGAAGAUAAGAAGGGCAACAGAGGCAGCUGGGAUACCACAUACUUAUGUUUCUGCAAACUCAUUUGCUGCUUAUUUUGUUGAUUACUUACUCCAUCCUCGUGAAAACCAUGAUCAAGUUACCAUCUAUGGCACUGGUGAAGCCAAGGCUGUGUUAAAUUACGAGGAAGAUGUCGCGGCGUACACAAUAAAAGCAUCCACAGAUCCAAGGGCUUGCAAUCGAGUCAUUUUCUAUAGGCCCCACCUUAACAUUGUCUCUCAAUUGGAUUUGCUCUCUUCUUGGGAAAAAAAAACUGGACGUUCUUUCAAAAGGACCUACGUAUCAGAGGACUCUAUCGUCAAACUUUCCGAAACUUUACCAUAUCCAGACAACAUACCAGUGGCUAUCCUACACAACAUAUUCAUCAAAGGAGAUCAGUUGAGCUUUGAGCUAACAGAGGAAGACUUGGAGGCCUCCAAGCUCUAUCCAGACUACAAAUAUACUUCUGUGGAUGAUCUUCUUGACAUUUGUUUGGUUAACCCUCCCAAACCCAAACUCGCUGCAUUUUCCUGAUCAACACUGUACUGCGGAUAUAUAUUCAAUAAGAAGUUCGAUGACAAACAUAAUGUGAUAUAAAAAUAUUAUAAGUGUAGCAUCGUUGCUACUAUUUUCCCCAUAAAAAUCUACCCUUUAUAUGUAUGGAAUAAGAUUUAAUUAUUAUAGUGAUGAGCACUCUUUGUAGGCAAUAUAUAAAGGGUAGAUUUUUUUCUUCUUCUUUUGCUGAACUUAGAUUAUUAUCCAAUGUGCCGGUUUAUUGUUA